GAAGAAGGAAAGAACAUAUACUUUCCUUAUCCUCUUCCUUUUCCUUUCCAAAGCUCGUAACCAACAGAUAUUUUAUUAAUAAAAUAAUCAAAUCUUAAAUCAUUAACUAUGACAAAAACAUUUGUGCAUCCCCACCAUAACCUCCCAAUCAAAUUUUCUCUUUCCCUCUCUCUCCCUCUCUAAAAAAACAAGAAUGAACGACCCAGCAAGCUCUGUUCAUGGACCUGUGUCAAUGUCACCAAAGCUGAUCAUUUAAGAAAACUGAGUAUUACUUCUGGGUUUGUUGAGGGAAAAAUGGGGUUGUUUCUUGGUCUCUUCUUUGGUAUCGCCUUCAGUAUUGGGUUAAUGACUUGUUUUGCUCAAUUACAGAAAAAUCGAUCUCAACGUCGGUCUCAUUUGGCAACAACGGUCAUAUCCUUUUCAAGGAUGACAGUUGAGGAUUCAAAAAAAAUUCUUCCACCUGAUUGCUACCCUCCUUGGGUAGUCUUUUUGCAACAACAGAAGUUAAAUUGGCUUAAUGUCCAACUUGAAAAAAUCUGGCCUUAUGUAAAUGAGGCAGCAUCACAGCUAAUACGAACUUAUGUUGAGCCAAUUCUAGAGCAAUAUAGACCAGUUAUAAUAUCUUCUCUCAAGUUUUCCAAGUUGACACUUGGUACUGUGGCUCCACAAUUCACAGGUGUUUCUGUUAUCGAAGGCGACACUAGGGGGGUCACCAUGGAGUUAGAGUUGCAGUGGGAUGGAAACCCUAGUAUCACAAUUGAUGUUAAAACCAAAGUUGGCGUGGUACUACCUAUAAAGGUCAAAAACAUUCAAUUCACAGGGGUUUUCAGUUUAAUCUUCAAGCCACUAGUUGAUGUGUUUCCUUGUUUUGGAGCUGUUUCUUAUUCCUUGAAAGAAAAGAAAAAUCUGGAUUUUCAGCUCAAGGUUGUUGGUAGUGAUAUAUCAACAAUUCCAGGAAUUUCUGAUGCUAUAGAGGAAAUGAUACAAGAUGCUAUUGAAGAUUCUAUUACAUGGCCAGUUCGGCGAAUUAUACCCAUAUUACCAGGGAAUUAUAGUGACCUAGAAUUGAAGCCUGUUGGAACAUUAGAGGUGAAGCUAGUACAGGCCAAGGACUUAUUAAAUAAAGACAUUAUCGGAAAAUCUGAUCCUUAUGCUGUGUUAUUUAUACGUCCAUUGCGUGACAAAAUGAAAACGAGCAAAACGAUUAACAACGAACUAAAUCCAAUCUGGAAUGAGCACUUUGAGUUCGUAGUUGAAGAUGCAUUUUCUCAACACUUGACAGUAAGAGUUUUUGAUGAUGAAGGGGUUCAAGCUUCUGAACUCGUCGGCUAUGCUCAGGUGCUGCUGAAAGACCUUGAGCCUGGUAAGGUGAAGGACAUGUGGUUGAAACUGGUCAAGGGUUCAGAGUUCCAUAUGGAUAAAAAAUACAGGGGUCAGGUGCACUUGGAGCUUUUAUAUUGUCCUUUAGGCACAAAGAGUAGGUUUACAAAUCCUUUCGACCCUGACUACUCGUUAACUAUAUUGGAGAAGGUCCUUAAAGCAGGAAUGAUCGAAAGUAAAGAUUAUGAUAUUUUAAAAUCUCAAAAACAAAUGAGGAGGGAUGCCAUCUUGAGAGGGGUCCUUUCUUUGACAGUAAUGUGUGCCGAAGACUUGCCAGCAGUGGAUCUGAUGGGAAAGGCCGAUCCCUAUGUUGUACUUACAAUGAAGAAAUCCAAACAGAGAAAUAGGACUAGGGUUGCAAAUCACAGCUUAAAUCCAGUUUGGGAUCAAACAUUUCAUUUUGUUGUUGAGGACGCGCUACACGAUAUGUUAAUUUUGGAAGUCUGGGAUCAUGACAUUCUUGGGAAGGAUAUGAUAGGAAAAUGCAUCAUGACACUCACCAGGGUUUUAUUAGAAGGGGAGUUCACAGACACAUUUGACCUAGAUGGAACUGAAUCAGGAAAGCUGCAUUUGCAUCUCAAGUGGACUCCACAGCCGAUAUUGCGGGAUUACUGAUUAACUGAAAAAAAAACAAAAAAACAAAACACACCGAAAAUCUCCCAAGUUCCGGGUUCUAUAUCCAAGUCUUCCAGCAUAUCCUCUUGAUGAAGGGCCGAAGAAAUUUCAUUGGAGCAUCAACAUGGAACAAAAAGUUGUUGAACUGAGCUCAAGUCUUGCUGUUUUUGUCUAUUACAAUUAGAGGGCAAAUUUAGAGGGAAAUCAUGAAGAUUUGAAAUUGUUGAAGCUGGCACAGUGGUACAUAUAUGCUGUUGUAAAUAGUGUUGUUUGGAAACAUUAAGAUUUGGUGUUCAACCUCAUUUAUUUCUGUUUAUAAAAAUAUUAAUACAUUUUUUGUGAUCAUUGUGUUCUUUUAAAACUGAAUAAACAAAGUAGGCAGAACUACUUAUCAGUA